CUUAUUCCAUUGGGGAGGUCUGAUCCCGGGUCUGGCCAUUCCCUGGGCUUGCGUCACCCCGAAAUUUAGGGAAAAAAACCAGGAGUUCUGGAGCGUGGCUGCAUUCACAGGCCGGGCCAACGUGAGGCAAGAAUGGCUGCGGACGGGCUCUCCAGCAAGGCCCUGAAGCAGGUGAAGCAGGAGCUGGGAGAGAACACGCCGCUGCUGUCGGACGUGGAGCUGAUGGGGCUGUCGGUGCGGGAGCUCAACCACCACCUGCGGGGCCUCUCCAAAGAGGAGGUGGCGAGGCUGAAGCAGCGCCGGCGGACGCUGAAGAAUCGGGGUUACGCUGCCAGCUGCCGGGUGAAGCGCGUCUGCCAGAAGGAAGAGCUGCAGAAGCAGAAGAUGGAGCUGGAGUGGGAGGUGGACAAGCUGGCCCGGGAGAACGCCGCCAUGCGCCUGGAGCUCGACACCCUCCGUGGCAAGUACGAGGCCCUGCAGGGCUUCGCCCGCACCGUGGCUGCCCACGGGCCCCCCGCCAAGGUGGCCACCGCCAGCGUCAUCACCAUCGUCAAGUCCGGCACCAACCAGGCCGCCUACUCCUAGUGCUGGCCUCCGUCCCCCGGCCGGGCACGGCCCCUCCGGGGUGCCUUCCCCCACGAAUUACCUCCCAUACCCUCCCUGACCUCCUCCCUGCCGGGACCCGUGCCCGAAAUCCUCCUUCUCCCAUCCAUUGACCUCCAGCUCCCCCACGUAGGCAGGGCUGCUGCAGCGUGGGUGCUGGGGCAGAGGACAGGACCCCACUGGUGGCCCCUGAAGCCCCGCAGCCCCCUCCCCUCCAACCCAGCCCUGUCCCUGCUGCAGCCCCCCUGGCCGGGCACCCCUCGGCCUGGGGGUGCAGGCAGGAGAGGGGGAAGCAUCCCAGGGCUCCAAGCUGGCAGGAAAACACCAGGUGCCUCUUUUUUUGGGGAGGGCAUGGGAGAGCUGAGCAUGGGCCGGGCAGUCCCAGAAGCACAUGCCAGGGAGGGAAAGGAGGGAAGAGUGGUUUUGCAGCGAGGGGCAGAAGGGAUAAGAUGGAGAGGGGCGUCAGCGUUGGGCCCACAACUUGCUCCACGGCUGGAGCAGGGUGGGAGGUUGCAGCGUGGCUGGAGACUCCAGGGAUGGAGAUGGCGAGGGAAGGUGGCAGGUCAGAGGGGGAAGAGAAAGUGGCUGUAGGUUGGUGCCUGGUAAGGAUGAAUGGAAGGGGAAAGUGCCGUGGCAGCCUGCGGUGCUGGGGGAGGCCAGAGGUGACGGUGAUGGAGGAGGGUCCCUCAGGCAGGGAAGUGGGUCAACCCAGGCUGUUAUCCACAAAGGGGAAAAGCAGUGGUGCCGUUUUAUCUGUCUCCAUCACGCACAUCCUUCACGCCUCUUCCUGCCUACGGGACGGGACGCUCAGCCUGGCCGGCCGGGUGUCUCUGAAACGCAGCGGCAGGAAGGAAGCGGAGGCAGCUGGAGCAGAGAUAAACACUGUUUUGCUCAGCGCAGGCCGGCUCUUACAGCCCCACCGAGUGCUCCCCGGCACCCCACCACCUACAAAGCCCACAGAAAGGUGCUCCUGGCCCCUGAGAGCCAGAGCUGCGGAGGCAGAGAGAGGGGUGGAGGUGCAGGAGGUGGGAAGCAGGGGUGGAGAGCAUCCCUGCUCCUGGGAGCUGUCUGGCAGGCAGGUAGGCUCCUCCCUUUGGUUUUCUGCCAGCUUGGACACCUGUGUGGGACAACCGGCUCUUCAGCAGGCUGAAAUGCUGGAGAAGAGUUGGGUUUGCUAAAUACAGGCAGCCCAGGGGAGGUAGGAGGAGGCAGACCCUUGGCAUCUGCUGCCAUAGAUGAUCCCCCCCACCCCUCUCCCUUUCUGCCCCUGCCUGGGUAUUGCCACGCUAGCUGCCCUUGGCUGCAGCCUCCAUCAUCCCUCCCCGGAGAGAGGUGCCCACCGAUUGUGGAGGAGGCACUGUGGUUAGCAUCCCCCCCACCCCAACUCCUCUUGGGUUUAUUUAUUGCACGAACGUAAGUUAUUUUCACGUCCUCUUUGCCAUUCCGCCUCUCGGCACAGCCAGGAUGUUGGUACAGAGCCGUACUUUAUAUUUUAUAUAUGCAAAUCACAUUUUAUCUUAUACUUAUAUAGAGCAAAAAAAUACUUAUUUAUUUUCUGACUUACAGUAUGUGUCCUACCUGACUCCUCUGUAUUUUGUAGACUUUACAAAUAAAACAAGUUCUUUUUUUUCCACA